AUGGCAAAGAACGAUUCGGAACACGACAAAUCCCGAAAUCCUCAGCCAAAAACGCAACCUCAUCCGCACGAGCUUCCGCCAGCUCUUCAAAAGAUUGUAGACAAGGCCGAUAAGGAGGACAAUUUCUAUGAUGAGCUCUAUGAGGGAACCUCCCCUCCGUCAACAGAAAGCAACAUCCGAUAUGCUGCAUAUGCAAGCCGCAUAAGAACUGCUCUCAUUUCUGCUCAAAGAUAUGUAGCCUACACCUCAGAUAUUGGAGAAUCGUUUCGUCCUAUAGCCCAUCCCAAUCUCGUUCGAACUGCCUAUGGCAUUUCCUGGGCAUACCUUGCCGGAGAUGUUGCACAUGAAGGAUACAAGGCAUACUGCAACAACCAGCGAAUAUUACAUCCUGAGCUACCUCGGGAAGCUGAUGCUAAGCACUACAAUGACGCUAUGCUAGAUCCAAGCAGUGCGUCUCUCGAUGCCCAGAUUGCGGCAGCUCCGAAGAAGGUAGCACCUUUGGAUGAUUGGAGGACUGUCAUGGCUCAGAGGGCUGUUUUUCAGUCGCUCGCAUCGAUGGGUCUGCCGGCAUUUACUAUCCACUCCAUUGUCCGCUAUUCCGGACGCGCUUUGAAGAACGUCAAGAGUUCGAAGAUUAGGGGAUAUGGUCCUAUAGGCCUAGGGCUCGCUAUUGUACCUGCUCUACCAUACAUUUUUGAUGAGCCGGUUGAACAAGCUGUCGAAUGGGUAUUCCACAAGGGAGUCAAGGUUUUCGAAGGACCCGACGCUGUUAAGGGUUCGCCAGAAACUGGACGAGAAAAGUCACUGCAAAGGCAUAAUCAGAAGGCUGCAAACAAAGAGAAGGAACUCGAUUUUAUCAGUGCUGUCCUAUUUCCACCCAAAGUACCCGUAGCUUCAGAUUGCACCGAUUUUGCCCUAUCUUUGGUGGCAAGCGGCUAUAAAGCCCAUCCCUUCGCUGCCAUGGCCUCGUCAUCCCGUUCUGAUCCUGCAGAUGAAACUACAACUACCUUCACCACCAUGGACGAGAAGGAUCCAACAUUAAUCGGUACGCACUGCCAAUACGCAUACUGCAACCAACUCGAUUUUCUCCCCUUUCGCUGCGAGUCAUGCAGGGGGACUUUCUGUCUUGAUCACCGCUCUGAAUCUGGGCACAAAUGUCCGAAAGCUGGGGAAUGGGCCGCGAGGCGUCGAAGAGCAAACUUGGCAACACCUUCCCUCGGCGCAGGAAAGAGCAUGGUUGAUGUUGAAAGGCCAUGUGCAUCCCCUACAUGUAAGACGACAAUCGGCACAAGCUUAUCUACGGCGGUCCAUUGUUCGUCGUGCAAUAGGGACUACUGCCUGAAACACCGCUUGAAUGAAGACCACGACUGUAAAAACCUUGUUCCCAUCGGCGCGCGCCCCAGCAAAUUCGGUAAACACCCAGACUAUGCGAAGACAGCGCUUGGGAAGUUGAAAGCCUGGGGCAUAUCGCAGAAGGCGAACAUGUCUCAACGAGUACUUCCGAAGCCGAAGCCUACGUCCGCUGCUGCAAGGCUGGUGGCGGUUAAUAAUCUCAAGAAGACGGCGAAGGGCGAGGCCAAGAUACCACCCGAGAAAAGGGUCUAUAUAUAUGUGGAGGCUGAAGCUGCGACUACAACUUCAAAAUUGCCGAGCGGAGAGUUCUACUAUUCGAAGGAUUGGGUUAUUGGACGAGUGUUGGAUGCCGCAGCUAAGAGUCUGCAAGUUCAGAAUAUAAACAACCAAGGCAUGGACGAAGCGUCGAAGCUGAGAGUAUUUCAUGUGGAAGGUGGGAGGCUUUUGGAGUUCAAUGAGAAAGUUGGGGAUGCUUUGGUCAGUGGUAAUAGGGUUGUGUUGCUCAGAGGAGUUGGGCCCGCUAUUCCGAAUCUAAUUGAAGCUUGA